UCUCAUUGUGGCUUUUAUUCAUAUUCAUCCUGGUCAUACAGAUCCUUUCACUGUUUUUCCUGCUCCCAACAGACCCGACUCAUUUGUGGAGACCAGGUAGGCCAAUUAAGACGAAGAAGAAGAAGAAGAAGAAGAAGAAGAAGAAUGGCACAUGUAUUCAUUUCAAAUAUAAUGUUCUAAGGUUUCUUACACCUGUGGAACGAUACUUUAAAGCAAAGGCGCGCUCCAAUCAGGAGCCAGUCUCCAAGGAGGGAGGCGUGUGUGUAAUCUGCAGCACAGGUAAAACCCGAAAGGUAAGGUGCACGAGAAACAGCGCGAGAGAAACAAACAGGGAAUUCUGCUACAGAGUGAAAAAAAUGGAUUUUCUACUUAAAUCGAAAACAGUUUUUAUCUUUUUAAUAUCAUGGUCACUACUGGCAUGGUUGACAACUGGCGUGACGCAUUUACCGACACCAAGCAACCCUCCAUCUCAACGUCCACCACAGAAACCCAUGCAGGACGCGCCCCAGUCGGUUCCUGAGCCAGAGAAAACCAAUUUCCCCAUGUUUAUUGUAAAUUACCCUCGCGUUCAGAUUCCAUUCGAGAUAACAUUGUGGGUGUUACUUGCUUCAUUUGCGAAAAUAGGUUUCCAUGUGUACCAUAAAAUUACAAUAUGGAUACCAGAGACCUGCUUGCUGAUUGCUGUUGGGCUUAUAGUGGGCGGUAUCAUGCACUCUGUACACGAGGAGCCCCCAGCUGUCCUCACCUCCAGUGUCUUCUUCCUCUACAUGUUGCCGCCCCUCGUUCUGGAUGCGGCGUACUUCAUGCCCACUCGGGCCUUUUUUGAGAAUGUUGGCACGGUGAUGUGGUUUUCUAUCGUGGGGACCUUGUGGAACUCUAUUGGCAUCGGUAUCUCUCUCUUCGGUAUCUGCCAGAUCCAGGCGUUCGGCAUUCAGGAUAUCAACCUGCAAGAAAACCUGCUGUUUGCCUGCAUUAUCGCGGCUGUGGACCCUGUGGCAGUGCUCACUGUGUUCGAGGAUGUCAACAUUCAUGAGCAGCUUUACAUUGUGGCAUUUGGCGAGUCCUUAUUUAAUGAUGCUGUCACUGUGGUGCUAUAUAAUCUCUUUAAUCAUAUGGCGAUUUUGCCAGUGGUGGAUGUGGCAGAUGUGUUCCUGUCUGUGGCACGCUUUUUUGUGGUAGGCCUUGGAGGAAUGCUAUUCGGCUUCUUGUUUGGCUUUGUGGCAGCUUUCACUACACGCUUUACAUGGAAGGUGAGAGAGAUUGAGCCUCUCUUCAUUUUCAUGUAUAGCUACCUCGCCUAUCUGCUGGCUGAGCUGCUGUCCAUCUCCAGCAUCAUGGCCAUUGUGACUUGUGCCUUGACCAUGAAGUACUAUGUGGAAGAGAAUGUGUCCCAGCGCUCAUGCACCACUAUCCGGCACACCAUCAAAAUGCUUGGCACUGUGUCAGAGACACUUAUCUUCUUCUUCCUGGGUGUUGUUACCAUAACAACAGACCAUGAGUGGAACUGGGGCUAUAUCCUCUUUACUCUGUUCUUCACCCAACUCUGGAGGACUCUAGGUAUCCUGGUAUUGACACAGAUAAUUAACCCCUUUCGCACCAUCCCCUUCAACUUCAAAGACCAGUUUGGUCUGGCCUAUGGUGGCCUUAGAGGGGCUAUAACAUUUGCAUUGGUUUUCACCCUUCCAGAUACUAUUCUUCGUAAAAAACUUUUUGUCACCACCUGCAUCGUUGUCAUUCUCUUCACAGUCUUCAUCCAGGGUAUCAGUAUAAGGCCAAUUAUUGAACUGAUGAAUGUUAGAAAGACAAAUCGGGAUUUCUGCACCAUUAACGUUGAGAUUCACAAAAGGCUGAUGGAACAUACCAUUGCAGGGAUAGAGGAUCUCUGUGGACAAUGGAGCCACCACUCCUUAAAAGACAGGUUUAUGAGGUUUAACAACCGGUUCCUUCGUAAGAUUUUGAUCCGUGAUGACCGGGCUGAGUCGAGCAUUGUGGCUCUUUAUAAAAAACUGGAGCUUCAAAAUGCUAUGGAGAUCUUGGACACGGUAUCUGGUGACAUCAGUGCAGAACAAUUCAGAUCAUUGGAUGAGGAGAACAAUUUUAAUAGACCCAAGAAGACAUUGUUGACAACAGAUCUGAUAUCAAUGCAUGAUAUUCUGUCAAAGAACAUGUAUAAGAUCAGAGAACGGACGGUGUCCUACACCAAUAAACAUGCGCUCCCUAACGACACCAGAGACAGAGAGAUCCUGAUGAGGCGACACACCACCAUCCGACGCAGUCUUAGACCUGGAAGACGCCAGAGCUUGGAUGGAGCCAGGGUCCCGAAAUAUUUUUCUCUUCCUGUCGGCCAGAGUCUGAACUCCCGAUUUGCUACAGAAAGACUGAACACCACUGGUGAUGCCGACAUUGCGAUGAAUCCUAGCUACCCAUCAGCCAGGCCCAGAUCUAGGCAGCCUUUACGGAACCCGUCCAUGCCAGUGACACCUCUGAGGAGGCUGGAGCCCUUUAAGACCAUGAUAGAUGAGGAAAGCGAGGAGCAGAAGGGGAAUGUCUCAUUAAGCCUGAGCUCCAGAUCCACUUCGUCCAGGUUCUCAGCUCCACAUCUCAGCUCUCAGAUCCACCACAGGACCGGAGACUGUGAGCCUGAGGCAGAAGAGCAGCAGACUGUAUCUCCCCCUAGUGUAUGGAGCCCAGAGCCUCUUAACCGAGGCACCAGUGAUGCACGAAACCCUCUGCUACGGAGACCUUUGUGGAAGCCACAGGAUCAACGAGGCCAGCAGAAGUGAGAUUCACAUGGGAUUUUAACCAAACUAUAUGGCUGCUAUGAUAUGAGGAAAUCUACACUACUGUUCCUGCGCCAGUAAGAACUGGAAUAACUGGAUUAAAUCAGAAAUGCUGCGACUCAUCAACUCAUUUAGAACUUCAUGUUUUGUAAAUAUAUAGUAUAAGAAAGUAUCGAAAAUGCUGGUACUCUUUCUGCUACUCAUUAUAAAUCAUUAGGUGAUCAUUAUAAUCAUUACCCUAUUCAUCAAAGUUGUGUAGAAAUGAGCUCAGAUUUGAGUGCAUGGAUUUACUAUUUAACUGUUAACUGUCGUCCAACAUCAAACCAAGCGCAGUUGAUGAACGUUAGCUGUGUGGAAACAGGUUCAUGCACGCUAAUGCCAGGUUCAUGCACACUAGUAUGCACACGUCCUGCCCCAAUUUACUCAUUACAAGGAGGCUGGGACUUGGCCAUAGAUAGAGCUUUCAACAAGAUGACGAGCCAAACACACUUCCAACAGAGAAAUGGUUAACGAAGCACAAAGUCGGUGCUUUUGCAAUGACCAUUUUAUUCCCAAAAUUUGAACCCUACUGAAAAGCUGAGUUCUGAAUUGAAGAAGUAAGUCCACAUGCACAACCCUAACAGUAUAAAGGAGCUUAAAAUGUACUGCAGGAGUGAACCAACAUCCCUCUACAAGUGAUUCCAGCCUUGUUAGACAUUACAGGAAGCGAUUCGGUGGUGUUAUUCUCUCCAGGACAGGCAUCAUAAAUAUUAAUUAUUAGGAUGCUGACAGUUUUGAAACCACUGUUUUGUCUUCCUCUUUCGGCUGUUCCUGUUCAAGGUCGCUACAGCGGAUCACCCAAACAUAUUCAAACAUAUUUUGAAUCUGGCAAAGGUUUUACGUCAGAUGCCCUUCCCGAUGCAACCCUCCUGGGCUUGGUACUGGCACUGAGUGUGCACUGCCUCGUACAGCCCUCCAGUGGGUUGAUUCCCUGACCGGAAAUCAAACUCGGACCAUGGCGAUGAGGUCGUCGCACGCUAACCACUAGUCCACCAGGGAACCACUGUGUUGUAGGAAAAUUGCUCUUCUUUUUGUAGUGAAGUAUGGAAAUUUACUCUGUUUAGGUAGAAAAUUGAACCGUUUCCAAAUCUCCCCUGUAGGUAUUUGGACUCUAUUUAUGGCUAUUUAAAAAAAAAAAAUCAUUUUAGAUUGGGAUAUGUGUAUGUGAAGGUCUUGAUAUGAAAUUAUGUAAUGACCUCAAAACACACAUAUUGCACAAACACACCUGUUGCUCAGUUAAAUGUUGAGCUGUUAAAAGUCCAUAUUUUGUCCAGUGCAUUCUGAUUCACGUUUAUAAAUUACCUACAUAUUAGUACAAGUUUCCUGCAUAGUGAUUUAUUAUUAACAUUAUUAUUAUUAUUUUUUUUUUUUAUUGUUACUACUAAUACUACUGCACUUACUACAGGCUACUUGCUAUAAAUACUAACAAUACUGAUUGUUAGCUAAAAUGUUAUGCUCAAAUUUACAUGUACUUUGAAAUGGAUGAAAAGGAAACCAUCAGUGGAUUUAGGGUGUGUUUUAGGAUCAGAUUUGACCAUGCAACUUUGAUGAACAAGGCCACCGAGUGUGUACGUCACUGAAAUGUGAUCAAUUGAAACUGGAAAACUGCACACUACAGAUUGUUUGAUUUUUCCAUGUUAACAGGAGAUUUCGUUUGUUUUAAAUGUAAUAUAAUGAAAUGUUUUUAUUAACGUUUUCCUGUGUGAUAUGUUGUGAAACAGCCUAAUAAAAAUUAGGCCAAACUUUUGCAUCAGCGA